AGAGAGAGAAAGGCGGAGGGGGCAGGGAGACAGAGGAAGGGGGAGGGAAAACAGAGAGACAGAGACAGAGAGAAAAGCUCAAGAAGGAACAUAAGAGAGAAUGUGGAAAGGGCCUGAAGAGGAUCAAGAGAAAGGGAUUUGAGGAGACAGAGAAUAAAGGACCUUGGGGAGAUAGAAAAGGAAGCUGAGGAGAAAAGAGGGAGAGAAGAGAAGUGGGGAGCUAGAAAUAGGGAGCUAGGAAGACAGGAGAGAGACAGAUAUAUACAAGCACAGACAGGCAGGAGAAGGGCACUAGGGAGGAAAGAGAAGAGAGUUAAGAGAAUCAAGAGAAACCAAAGAGGAAGAAAGAGGAAUAGAUUUGGAGACAGGAAGAAGGAAACCGAAAAAUAAGAAAACAAAAUACACAGAAGCGGAGAGAAACAGACACGAUAGAGAUAGAAACAAGAAAUAGACUGAAAUAGACUCUAGACUGACUACAAGAAGGAGACCGAGGAAGCAGGUAGAUGAAGACUGAAAAAGGAGCUGGAGGAGAAAGCGGGAGGAAAGGGAGAGGGCUUGGGGCAAGGGCAAGGCAGUUAAAGGGAAGCUUGUUUGGCUGGAGGGAGGGGAGGAAGGAGAUACCCGUACAGACCCAGCCGCAGACUCUCAGCCCGGCUCAUAGAAACCACAGGCAGAGUCAGCUGACCACAGACAGACAGACAGAGACACAGACAGACGCAAGUCCACAGGCAUUCCCAUAAACACAGUCACUUCGACAUAGGAUGGCCUGACACACUGACACACUGACACACACACGCACAGACCCACGGCAGGUACCCCGACACCCACAGACGCAGGAUGUCCAGACACACAAGCGCAGACACAUAGAUGCUCGGCCACAGCCACACCCCCAAAUCCAGAUACAGACCCACGGCCGCGCGGACACUCACACAAAGACAGACAGACGCCCCCAGCCGGGCCACACGCCCAGCCCCGAGCGCAGGCGGGCGGGCACCAUCGCGGCCCCUUUAAGAGGGGCGUGGCCUCACGUCACGUUGUCCUCCUUGGUCCCCCCUCCCGGUCGGAGCGGAGACUUCGCUGGAGGCGCGCGGAGGAGGCGGCUGCGCCGAGGCUGCUACUGCUGCUGCAGUGACUGACUGACUGAGCGAGCGGGGUUGUCGACUGAGGCGGCGCUUGAGUCUGGAGAGCGAGAGGCAACGGCGGCGGCGGCGGCGGCGAUAGGCGACAGGCGAGCUCGGCCCGACAGGUGGCGGCGGCGGCGGCGCGGACCCAUCUGGACCCGGCGCGGUCCCAUCCCGGUUUCACUCAAAGACUGACUUCAGCAUAGGAGCACCUAUAUUUAUAUCAAUGGUUGGGAAAAGAUAGUGACCAGAAGCAAAGGAGAAAACAUCUUGGUAUAAUACGGAAGAUGAGUAUGCUAAAACCAAGUGGGCUUAAGGCCCCUACUAAGAUCAGUAAGCCUGGAUCUACUGCCUUGAAGACACCUGCUGCUGUUCCAGCUCCAGUAGAAAAGGCAUUAUCCAUUGAUAAAACAGCAAGUACACCAUCCCCUGAGACUCAUGAAGAGUUUGUUGAUGACUUUCGAGUUGGGGAACGUGUUUGGGUCAAUGGCAACAAGCCUGGAUUCAUCCAGUUUCUUGGGGAAACACAGUUUGCACCAGGCCAGUGGGCUGGAAUUGUAUUGGAUGAACCAAUUGGCAAGAAUGAUGGGUCAGUGGCAGGAGUUCGGUAUUUCCAGUGUGAACCUUUAAAAGGCAUCUUUACAAGACCUUCCAAGUUGACGAGGAAAGUGAUGAGCGAAGAUGAAGCCAAUGGCACGCAGGCUCCUCCUGCUUCCCGAGCCACGUCCCCCCUCUCCACCUCCAUGACUAGCAUGGCGUCCUCCUCUUCAGCUGCACCUUCCCCCUCUGCUGUGCCCCAUAAAGUCUCCCAACCUGUAGCUAAGGAGUCUUCCACUACUCCUCAGGUCAGCAACCUCACUAAAACUGCCAGUGAAUCGAUCUCCAACCUUUCAGAAGCUGGAUCCGUAAAGAAAGGUGAAAGAGAGCUGAAAAUUAAUGAUCGAGUCUUGGUUGGUGGCACAAAAGCUGGGGUAGUAAGAUUUCUUGGAGAGACAGACUUUGCCAAAGGAGAAUGGUGUGGUGUAGAAUUGGAUGAACCUCUUGGAAAGAAUGAUGGAGCAGUUGCUGGUACAAGGUAUUUUCAGUGUCAACCCAAAUAUGGUUUGUUUGCUCCUGUUCAUAAAGUGACAAAGAUUGGCUUCCCUUCUACGACACCAGCCAAAGCCAAGGCUGCCGCUGUGAGGAAGGUGAUGGGGACCCCUGGCAGUCUGAAACGUAGCCCUUCGGCCUCCUCUCUCAGCUCUCUGAGUUCGGUAGCCUCCUCCGUAAGCAGCAAGCCCAGUCGUACAGGAUUAUUGACUGAAACUUCUUCAAGAUAUGCCAGGAAGAUCUCCGGCACCACCGCCCUCCAAGAGGCUCUGAAGGAGAAGCAGCAGCACAUCGAGCAGCUGCUGGCCGAGAGGGACCUAGAGAGGGCGGAGGUGGCGAAAGCCACGAGCCACGUGGGGGAGAUAGAGCAGGAACUGGCUCUGGCUCGGGAUGGACACGAGCAGCAUGUCCUGGAAAUGGAAGCAAAGAUGGACCAGCUACGAGCUAUGGUGGAAGCUGCUGAUAGGGAGAAGGUGGAGCUUCUAAAUCAACUAGAGGAAGAAAAAAGGAAGGUUGAAGACCUUCAGUUCAGAGUGGAGGAGGAAUCUAUUACCAAAGGCGAUCUUGAGGUGGCUACAGUUUCAGAAAAGUCUCGUAUUAUGGAACUAGAAAGAGACUUAACAUUACGAAUACAGGAAGUAGCUGAGCUUCGAAGAAGUUUGGAGUCCAAUAAACCAGCUGGUGAUGUGGACACUUCACUCUCCCUUUUGCAAGAGAUUAGCACUUUGCAGGAAAAAUUAGAAGCCAUGCAUGUUGAUCACCAGCAUGAAAUAAUUUCUCUAAAGGAACAUUUUGGAGCAACAGAGGAAAGUCAUCAAAAGGAGGUAAAAGCACUUCAUGCAGCAUCCGAAAAACUCUCAAAGGAGAAUGAGUCUUUGAAAAGCAAGCUGGAUCAUGCUAACAAGGAGAAUUCUGAAGUGAUAGCUCUAUGGAAGUCAAAGUUGGAAUCUGCCAUUGCUUCCCAUCAACAGGCAAUGGAAGAGCUCAAAGUUUCAUUUAGCAAGAGUGUUGGGACUGAGACAGCAGAAUUUGCUGAACUAAAGACACAAAUUGAAAAAUUGAAACUAGACUAUCAGGAUGAAAUAGAGAAUUUGAAAUGCAAACAAGAUUCUGAACGGUCUGCUCAUGCUAAAGAAAUGGAAAUCCUAAAGAACAAACUGAUGAAAAUCAUUAAAGAAAAGGAGCAAGGUUUAGAAGGCCUCAAACUCCAAAUGGAAAAAGCGGAAGACCAACAUCUCGUAGAGAUGGAAGACGCCUUAAACAAAUUGCAGGAAGCAGAGAUAAAGGUAAAAGAGCUAAAGGUACUGCAAGCCAAAUACAAUGAGCAAACCGAUGUUAUUGAUAAUAUUACAUCACAGCUCAAGGCUACCGAAGAAAAACUCUUGGACCUUGAUGCACUUUGGAAAGCCAAUUCCGAAGGUAAAUUGGAAGUGCAAAAACUUAGCCAGAAGCUUGAGGCAGCUGAGAAACAAAUUAAAAAUUUAGAGAUGGAAAAAAUUGCCACAAGUGGCAAGGCUAGUCACAUAACAAAAGAACUACAGGGGAAAGAGUUAAAGCUCAUUAAUCUUCAGAAAAAUUUGAGUGAAGUGAGUCAAGUGAAAGAUGAUUUGGAAAAAGAACUUCAGAUUUUGAAAAAAAAGUUUGCAGAUGCUUCAGAGGAAUCAGUGGCUAUUCAACAAAAAAUGCAAGAAACGCUAAAUAAACUACACCAAAAAGAAGAACAGUUUAGUGCUCUGUCUUCUGAUCUGAAGAAAUUGAAAUAUAAUAUGUCAGAUAUGGAAGAGAAAUUUAAAGAGAAGGAUGAAAGAGAGCAGCAGUUAAUGGAAACAAAGGAAAAACUAGAAAGUGAAAUUGUAGAAAUCAUGAAGAUGUCUGGAGAUAAUUCUUCCCAGUUGACAAAAAUGAAUGAAGAACUUAGGCUGAAAGAUAAAUUUGUGGAAGAAUUACAGCUCCGGCUUUCAAAGGCAAAUGAUGAAGCAGCUCUUCUGCAGAAAAGUAUUGGGGAAGCAACUUUGAAAGCUGAGCAAGAUCAGAAGAAUAUAAUUGCAAAGCAUGAGGAAGAAAAGAGGGAAUUACAGAAGAAAGUGUUAGAUCUGGAAAAGCAAAUUGAGGUAAGCCACAGCCAGUGCAAGGACCUCCAAGCUAGACAUGAAAAAGCCAAUUCUGAGACAAUCACAAAACAUGAAGCAGUUCUGCAUGGUCUGAAGAAAGCUUUGUUGGAUACUGAGGGAACCCUGAAAGAGGCCCAAAGGAAGAACACUGAUUUAUUGAAGGAGAUGGAAGAACUGAAAAAGCAAGCCGACAAAGCCAAAUCUCUAACUUAUUUGUUAGCAUCAACCAAAAAAGAGAUUGAACUAAUGUCAGAAGAGCUGAGGGGUCUGAAAUCAGAGAAGCAGCUUCUUGCAGAGGAGGGGAAUGCUUUAAAAUUAGACAAAGGUUCACUCUUAUCAAAACUUGUUGAGGUGGAGGCCAAGAUCUCUUUACUGCAGGAAGACCAGCGGAAGCUGUGGUUAAUAAAUGAAACUCUUAAUUUGGAGAAGGAAAAAAUCCUAGAAGAAAAGCACGAUGUAGAAAAGUUGUAUGAGGAAGAGCACCUCAACAAAGAAGCUUUAGAUAUUGAGAGAGAAAAGUUACUGGAAGAAAUUAAUACUGCACAGGAAGAAUUCUUGAAGAUAAAUGUAGAAAAUGAUAGCUUGCAAGCUUCCAAAAAAAGCAUGCAGACCCUUGUAGAAGACCUUCAGAGACAUAAUGAUUCCUUAAUUACUGAAUCCAAGAAGAAUCAUAAGGAAAAGGUUGAAUUAGAGAAUCAGCUGAAGAAACUUACUAUUGAAAAUAUUACCUUGGCUAAAAAUAAGGAUGAUAUUGUCGUAAAACUUCAGAACUCCUUUGAAGAACUGGCAAGAGAUCAAAAAAACUUGGUACAAGAAGUUGAAGAGCUUACAAAUGAGAAGAAGUCAUACUUAGAAAAGCAAACAGGCCUUAAUACUCUGUGUGCAGCCUUAAAGAAAGAGAAGGAUGAUCUUCUUCAAAGUAACAAGGAUCUACAGAGUGAGAAAGAUGAACUACUCAGGAAACAAGAAAAGCUGAAUGUUGGCUUGGAAGCAGUUCUCCAUGACAAACAGGUGCUUAGCAUGGAAAUUAACAGGCUGCAGACUCAGCUGGAUGACUCAAAUAAGUUGCUUAAAGAUGCAGAGAAAGUGGCUGUGGAGCUUCAGUCUUCAAAAGCAAGUCUAAUGAAAUUUCUUGAAGAAAUUAAGACCAGUAGGGAGAUUACAGAUUCUGAAUGUAUCCAGCUUCUACAAGAAAAAGAAACUUUGACUUCAUCUCAGAACAGGCUUUUGUUCGAAAAUGAAGAACUCUUAAAUGAAAAUAAAAUGCUUUCUGAAAAACUUGUCAAAUGCUCAGAAGAUGCUGCUCACAAAGAGAUAGCUCUGAAUGAGAAGAUUGGUUAUCUGGCUGCAGAGAAAGAAGUUGCUUGUCAGAAGUCCUUAAAGUUUAAAAAGCAGCUGGAUGGUCUCCUAAAAGAAACAUCUCUGUUAGAAACACAAAAAACAAGCUUGCUUCAAGAAAGAGACACUUCACUCAAAGCCAUGAGUGACCUUAAAAGGAAAUUUGAUCAAGAAACUGCCAACAGAAGAAUCAUUAUUCAAGAGAAAAUGAAACUUCUUAGUACUAUUGAGACUCUGAAGAAGGAGCUUCAGGAUAAAGAAAAAGAAAGCCAGGAACUAUUGACCAACAAACAUGAUUUUUCUUUGAUGCUAGAAGAAGUUGAGGGAGCCAAAAAGAAUUUAGAAAAGGAAUAUGCUGAUCUGUUGGAAAUCAAAGACAGUUUGGAAGUUGAGCUUAAGACUUGCUAUUCUGAAAAGGAUAUCUUGCUUCAGGAUGGGUAUAGCUUGCAAGAAGAAUGUCAGAAAUUAAAUGAAGAGGUCAAUGAAGUGCAACAGGCCUUAAUCCUUGAAAGAGAAGCUAGAGAGCAGGACAAGGAGAGUUCUCUGUCAGAAAAUAAUAAGCUACAAAGUCAAAUUGUGUUCCUGCAACAGGAAUUAGAAAAAUCAGCACUUUGCAAUAAAGAACUUCAGUCUGAAAAUUUAAUCCUGGCCCAGGAGAAAGGAAAAUCAGAGCAACAAGUUGUGAAAAUUGUUAAGGAAAAGGAAGUUUUGAGUGCAGAGACUGCUCAGCUUGCUGCUAAAAUAGACAGUUUGAAAAAUGAUUUUGCUUCUUUGACUAAAUCCAAGUCAGAGUUGCAAGAUCUGCACAGUUGCCUCACCAAGAUAUUGGAAGAUCUCCGGCUAAGCCAUGAGGUGACCACUGCCGAGAAAGCUAAACUAAUACAAGAGAAUAACAAUCUCCUUGCUGACAAUAGAGAAGUCAUGCUGAAGAAGGAAGAGCUUCUGAAGGAAUUGAAAGAGAAGGAGAAGAUGGCAGAGAACUACUUUACUCUCCAGAAGGAGAUUAGUCAGUUAGCCAAAACCAACAGUAAUAUUUCAGCAAACCUCCUAGAAUCACAGAGUGAGAAUCGGAUCUUGCGGAAAGACAAGAGCAAGCUUACUCUGAGAAUUAGAGAGCUAGAGACCCUUCAGUCAUACACGGUUGCUCAAACAGCAGAAGAUGCCAUGCAGCUAAUGGAACAGAUGACCAAAGAGAAGACAGAAACUCUUGCUUCCUUGGAGGAUACCAGGCAAACAAAUGAAAAACUGAAAAAUGAAUUGGAUGCACUUAAAGAAAACAACUCAAAAAAUGUUGAAGAAUUGAACAAAUCAAAGGAACGUUUGACAGUAGAGAACCAAAAAAUGGAGGAGUUCAGGAAAGAAAUAGAAGCCUUGAAGCAGGCAGCGGCUUGGAAGUCCCAACAGCUUUCAGCGUUGCAAGAGGAGAACCUGAAACUUGCUGAGGAGCUGGGAAGAAGCAGAGAGGAGGUCACAAGUCAUCAGAAGCUGGAGGGCGAAAGAUCUGUACUCAAUAACCAGCUGUUAGAGAUGAAAAAGAGAGAAUCCGUGUACAAAGCAGACACUGAUGAAGAGAGAGCUUCCUUACAGAAAUCCAUCAGUAUUACUAGUGCCUUGCUCACAGAAAAGGACGCAGAAUUGGAAAAACUCAGAAAUGAGGUCACAGUGCUCCGGGGAGAAAAUGCUUCUGCCAAGUCUUUACAUUCAGUUGUCCAAUCACUAGAGUCUGAUAAGGUGAAGCUAGAGCUGAAGGUGAAGAACCUGGAGCUGAAACUGAAAGAAAACCAGAGGCAGCUGAGCGGCUUCGGAGGUAAUUCUGAAGAAGAAGAAAGAGCUCAAGAGAGCCAGAUUGAUUUCCUGAAUUCAGUAAUAGUGGAUCUUCAGAGGAAAAAUCAAGACUUGAAGAUGAAGGUAGAAAUGAUGUCAGAAGCCGCUCUCAAUGGCAAUGAUCUGAAUAACUAUGACAGUGAUGACCAGGAGAAACAGUUCAAGAAGAAACCUCGCCUUUUCUGUGACAUUUGUGACUGCUUUGACCUCCACGACACUGAGGACUGUCCCACCCAGACCCAGGUGUCUGAGGAUCCUCCUCAUUCCACACACCACGGCAGCCGGAGUGAGGAGCGCCCCUACUGUGAGAUCUGUGAGAUGUUUGGGCACUGGGCCACCAACUGUAAUGACGACGAGACCUUCUGAUGGCCCCGUCAGAACGUCAUCUUUUCCAGAUGCACACACACUUGGACAAUGGAACACCAGCAUUUGUGUGGGCAGAUUUCAGGAAGACUCAUAUUAUUUUUUGACCCCUUCAACAAAUCUUAAAAAAAAAAAAUAUUUUGAUCUUCCAUGAACAACCCUUUUUAUUCUUUCUUCAAGCUAAAGUUGAAAUAAUAAAUAGGUGAGUUGUCACCUCUUAUUUGUCUUUAUGUAUUUGAUAUUUAAUAAGACAUUUGCACCAAAUGCCAUUAUGUUACUUAUCCAUAGGGAAACCUCAUGGAGCAGAGAACUAUCCUUACGUUAUCUUAUUUAAAUAAAAUUUAAAAUUAUGAUGUUAAUUUUCAUAUUUGCACUAAAAAGUUUCAAGGCUGCAUUUGUACAUUUAGAUUUUUUUAAAAAUAGCUUUGACACUGGAAUGAGUUGAAAAAAGUGUUCCAUCUUACAUUUUCAUCUACUCAUUUAAAAUGUUUUAUUCUUGAUCAAAGAAUUUAUAAGCUCUUUGUGCUGCGCUACCUGGAUGUCAGUAGUGCCUUUAUUUCAGACUUGAUAUGUUGUGUAAUUAUAAAAUCAUGAAGCAGGUAAAGGAAGUGAGGACCCCUCAGAAUUGCUGUGGGGAACGACUUAGGACCUGGAGGCUGCAUAUUUACUAUUCUUUCUGGGAUUUUUGGUUUUUUUCAUUUUUGCAUAAUCUCAGUUUCUAUAUAUUGUGUAUAUAUUUUUAAAAAUCUCUAUUUUUUUGGGGAAAAAAGCAUACAGGAAGUUUUGUUUUCAGGUUUUUAACUUUAUUAAAGGAAAAAAAAAUUACAUCUCUUAUAUUCAUUACAACAUACCUGCCUAACCCAGAAAAAGCACCACAUGGCUUUGCAACUGUGAAGGUUUUUAUUUGGCUCUUUGAAAAACUUAUACAUUGGAGGAAUCUUUUUUUUUUCCCUAGAAAUUCACUCCUCCCUCUCUCCUGUCGCCAUUUUCCCUAGCAGCCGAUCACUUAAAUGAAGCAAAAUCUCAAUAAGAAAUAAAACCCUUAGGUUAACCAAUUUUCAGUCUUUUUCCCUGCUCCUUCCCCUUCUGCUUUUUCUGGUUUACUGUAUUUUUAGAUGAAUGUAAGUUGGGAAAUUCAACAUGAAUAAUUUUGGAUUUUCUUGUAGCAAAAAUAAAAUACAAAACCUCAUCCAAGAGAACAGUUUCUCAAACGGUUCAAAUUAUUUAUCUUCUCUUGAAUGUCUCAGAAUAUGUAAAGAAAUAGAUAUACCGUGUCUUCCAUUCAAUGUGUACAAUAUGAAUUUCCUUUUCUUCUACAAAUUGUAUAUAUGCCUUUGAUGUAUUUCCCUUUCCCCUAAGAUUAUAAACUGCAUAUUUGGCACAUGAAUAUAUUUUUAAAGAAAAAAAUACUUCUGUAAUCACCUGAAAGUCUGAGUUACAGGUGUAUGAUAAUAGGAAUUGUUCUAAGAAGCUAAACAUGUAAAGCAGUAUUAAACUUUGGCCAACUUAAGUGUUCUGUAUCUACUUUAAUAAAGGAUUAUUCUUUUG